GCCGCAGAGAGUCCAGACCCCGCCGCGCGCGCUUCGGCGAGCCACAUGACUUUCUCGCCGAAUCCCUUGGCCCGUUUGGCCGUGAGAUGAAGCACUUGAGGAUCGCCUUCCUUUUGGUCUUUGUGGCUUGCGGUUUAUGGUGCGUUUUCGUGGGCACAGUCUUAUGGACCGAAAAGGCACAGCAGCCUCAGUCUGAUCCGGCCACGCUGCCACCAGCUGAACUCUUGCACCCUCAGCCCGCGCCAGCGCACCCACCGCCCAGCCCAGAGUGUGAUCGGCCCAGCGCAGCGGAACUGAUCUCAAAAGAGGCCUUGGGCAAGAAAGUCACGGUCGCAUUUGUGCUGCUUGGCAAAAGGAGGAACUACUUCAAGAAGUUCCCAAUCGAAGAGCUGAAUCUGGAAGACCGGAAGCUCUACCCCGUGGAGAAGGCCUACAAAAAUGCCUGGGAAUCCGCGGGUGUGACGAGCAUUAUGUCGGUGGAGGAGGCAACCUUCGUGGUCUCCAAGCAACAGACGCAGCAUUUGCUGAACCUUUGCACCGAGUACCCGCGACAUCAGGUCUUCAACCAUUUGCCCUUCACGCAGCCUAUCACGUUGAAGUCGAGUCUGGCCUUCGCGUUGAAGCGCUUCGUUUCCCGAGUCCCAUGGCGUGUGGAGGUCCUACGCUUGAUGCCAAGCAGCUUCGUGCUGCGCAACAAGCGCGACUGCCUGGACUUCCGGCGACAGGUGAGUUCGGCCAUGUGGAUUCACAAGCAGGAUCGACGACACAACAGUCAAGGUGUUCGGCUUCUGAAACCCGAGGAAGCCCAGACGUUUGCUCAGACUUGUAGCACCAACCAGACGCGGCGGCCGCGGGGCAUGGUGCAGCAAUACCUGGCAAAUCCGUUGCUGGUGAAUGGGCACAAGUGCGAUUUCCGUGUCUACUUGUACAUCCCGACCUCCGUUCCGCUGGUGGCGUUUUAUUCUUCUGCUUGGUACAUGAAAUGUGGACACCAGCAGUUCAACUUAUCUUCCACAGAUCCAGAGAACGUGGUCACCAACACCAAGGUGCAUGGAAAGCUCCGCGAAAGGGCGAACUACUCACAGUUAGUCUUGGGACCAAAGCAAGUCCAAGACGUCUUGGGCCCUAAACUUGGACCUGCCCACAAAGACUUCGUCCAGGUGGAGCUCGAUGCGAAGAUCAAGCAAAAGCUUGGCUUGCUCAUGGAGGUCAUGGAAUCACAAGCGGAAGACUUGCAAACCACGGGCUACGAGCUCCUAGGUUGUGACAUGAUGCUGGAUGCAGACCUGAACCUUUGGCUCAUUGAGGUGAACAACUCCCCAGAGCUCAUGCCAAGCCUUGGCGCCAGGCAAAAAGCUGUAGAUCACAUACUGCCGGCGGUGGUGAAGAGCCAGCCCGUAGCCAAAGUGGAUUGAUCGGUGAUCUGCAAUCAAGGC